GGUGCGGGUGGGAAGGAGAAAGGGUGGCUCACUAAUAGCGUCUCUGCGUCUAGGGUUGUUCCUGGGCUUCUACCCUCACGUGCCAGGUCCUGGGUGCUGCAUCUGGCUGCGCUAGGAAGUUGUGUAGACUGUGGUUGCGAGACGCUACCUGCGGAGGCCUCGGUUAGACGGGAGGGAGCUGCAGCAUCCAGGGGACGACAUGCCAACUGCCAAGCAACUAGCUGACAUUGGCUACAAGACCUUCUCCGCCUCCAUGAUGCUGCUUACUGUGUAUGGGGGCUACCUCUGUAGUGUCCGCGCCUACCGCUAUUUCCAGCGGCGCAGCUCCCGGCGCCAGGCUGCAGAAGAACAGAAGACCUCAGGAGUCCUGUAGAACUGGGGCCGUUUUCCUGACCAGAGAGGCCGGAGGCAUUGCGGUGGAAAGACCUCUCCUAUAAUCACAUCCAAGUCAAGAUAACUAGGGCCUUCAUGGUUUUCCAACCCUGCUGGGGAAAAGUGCCCAUGUUUUCUCUGGAACUGCCAGUUUGGGGAGGCUGUCACAUCAUAACAGGAGUGGGGGGAAGGCACAGCUACAGACAUUAAAUAUUUUGCCCUGUC